CAGGCAGCCAGCCGUUCGCCGCCGCUGCCAACUCCUCGUGACGUCGCCUCGCCACGAUCUCCUCGCCUCGCCUGCGCUCUCCAAGCACCGACGACCGUUUGCCCUAUAAUUCUCCGCCCCCACACGGCACCCAGAGUUCCUCCCAUCCCCCAGUCCCAUCCCAUCCCAUCCCAUCCCAGCGCUCGUCGGAAACAGCGGCCGCCCAGAAAGCCCCACCAACCCCCCGCGGCGCAAAACCCUAGUAGACCCAGUGAUCUGCUGAUGGUGAUGGAGCAACAAAUCCGCGGCGCCAGUGGCAGCGAGGUGCCGGUGGUCAAGCCGGAGGACGCGGUGCCGGUGGUGCUGCCGCUCGGCCCGAUCGACCGGGACGAGGCCCUGCUGUCGCCUGGGACACAGGAGGCCGUGGCGAAUCAUCAGCAGGUAGUAAAAGCCUUUGAUGAUAGUGGCACCAACAACUAUGGAACCAGCAAAAACACAAAAGACAACAACAUGAACCACAAAAGAAAAUUUGAAGCCUUGGAGACUAAUAUUGCUACCAGCACAGAACAUGGGGACGGUCAGAGCCCCACAGAAGACUUACAAGCUAGUGUCCAGAUGGAUAAGAACAGAACAGAGAACAACUCUAAAAGUAGAAACAUUCCCCAAGAUACCAUUGUGAUACCAGAUGAUGAUCCUGUAAUUAACGAUCAAGCCUUGAAAAGCCAACAGGGAAAAGUCACUGAAAAGUCUGAUGGCAUCAUGUAUUUUCAGAGGUAUGCAACACUGCGAUUACUUCAGAAGAUGCGAGAUGAUACACUCCACGAGCACCGUGUGCUUGGAGAUCGAAGUGCUGAGUACGAAAUGGACAUCCAAACUCUCUUAACAGAAACAGAGAUGACACCAAAAUUAACGUCAAUCCUAAAGAAACAUGAGAAUAUUUGGAAGAUGAUGGAAGCUGCCAAUCCAAUUAGCUUUGGAGAAGGAUGCCAAACUAUGAAGAUAAAGAGGAAGAAAUUGAAAGAAGCCAUACUUCUACGGAACAAAUGCCAGGAACUGGAUGACAUAUGCCAUGAGAGCAACUGGAUUCUUCCAAGAUACAAUGUACUUCCUUCAGUUACCGGUGAUAUGUACCAGGCCAGUGUCCACCUUACAGGCCCAGAUUUCAACUUGAGUGCAGAUGGUGACAUGAAGGUCACCCCUCAUGAUGCACGAGACUCAGCGGCAUCCAACAUGUUGUCUCAGCUUCAACAGAAGGCAAGGGAAGACUAGGAGAACAGCAUGUCUGCACACAACCCCUGAUGUUGCAUCCCUGCUGAUAUAAAUCAUCUGGAUCAUUUGACUAGAAAUGAUGGCAUUCAGAUUAUUUAGUCUAGCAUUAUUCUAAACAGAGGCAUUAAGCACACUUUGUGGGGUGUCCAUGGGCAUGUCCAUGUGUGGAUUUCAUGGUUGUUUGUGACUUGUACGUGGAGGAGCAGAUAUAAUUUGAAAUGCAUAGCUACAAACGUGUUGGUUUC